GGGAAAAGCGAACAUGUCUGCGCAUCACUUCUAUCAAACGUUGGAUGGUGGUUGUACGAAACAUUGUGCUCCUCAGUUGGUCACUCUUCGGAACUUUAGAGUGCCACUAUUUCACAGCACAAGAAAAUGUCAGCAACACGCCGCUCAGGCGCUUCAAAAACAGGGGUUUCGCAAAGCAUCUCGCAGGCGGCAGCUCUCAGUCUUAAGCUGCUCAGGAAAUCCAGCUGCAGGGGCAGCUAGACCAGCUGCAAAUGGCGAUCCUCGAAAGCCCACAACAGCAGGAAAGCAGGCACCAGAGGCAGCUGCUCCCUCCCGGGAUAGCUCAGCAGUGUCAUCCAAUGACCCACCAGCGCAGAGCUCCAGCCAGCAGGCAGAGCAGCAAGGCAGUCUUACAGGGCUCAAACCUUUUCAUGUUGCUGCCUUUGCAGCCAUACUAGCCUGUGGACUCGCGUUUUUGGCCGUCCUAUUGUACAUAACAGCCGACAUGCAGUUCCAGAGAGCCUGUAUAAAGGUGGUCAAGCGGCUGCUGAAGACGGUGGCCCUAAGGCAGGUCAUGGGCAUCCUAGCAGCUAUGACCUUUGUGCGAUUUGGACUUGAGCCUCUGGUCAAAGUGUUGAGGGGGAUCUUCUCAGCUCAAGGGUCCUGGGAAAAGUCAUCAGAAUACUAUAUCCUUCGCGAGGUGUACAGGCCGCUAGAAUUUCUGUUUUCCGUUGCAGCUUUCACGACUCUGGCAGAGAAUUUCUUGCCGCAGCUGAUAUCAAUUCCAAAAGCGAUGGUCCAGAAUUUGGUGAGGUCCACUCUGUCGCUCACAUUUGUCAUCGCGGCAGCCAGGGUGGUGUUCAACGUGAAGGCACGCAUGACACGGGAGGCAACGUGGCAGCUGGAGCUGAAGGGAGAUCUCACCAAGCAGCGCCGGGUGGAGGCAGUUGACAAGCUCCUGUCUGUUCUGACAUUGCUGGUGGCAUCUGUGUUCGGCCUGCAAGCCAUUGGGCUUGAUGUGAAUUCCGUGCUGGCGAUUGGUGGAGUUGGUGGUCUGGCGGUGGGUCUGGCUGGGCGUGAGAUCCUGGAGAACCUGUUCACUGGGCUCAUCAUCUUGUCGUCCAGCCCUUUUGAAGUGGGCGACGAAGUGCUCUUCUCUCCUCCCAGCGGGCAGGUGGUGGAGGGUAUCGUGGUGGAUGUGGGCUGGUAUCGCACGACAAUCAGAAGCUUCGAGCGUGAGAUCUUCAAUAUCCCCAAUUCCGUCUUCUCGCGCAAUGUGGUCCUCAACAUCACGCGCAAGCAGCGGGAGUGGCGGUUCUACGAAUUCAUCGGUCUGCGAGUGGAUGAUGUUGGCAAAGCUUCUGCGGUGGUGGCAGAUAUGCGCAAGAUCAUUCGCCAGGAUCCGCGCAUCAUUCAGAAGCUUCACCGCCGUGUCUUCUUUGACAAGUUGACACGGGAGCAGGUGACCAUCUACGUCUCUUUCUAUGUGGAGGCAGCCAAUCGAGAUGCGUUCAUGUCCAUCAAGCAAGAUCUGCUGCUUGCCUUCAUCGACUGCGUGGACAGGAAUGGCGCCAAGCUCGCAAAGCAGCGGCUAGAGGUUGAGGUGGCCCCAUCCCAGAUGGCUGCCUCAUCGCAGCGUCCUGCAUCUUCGGGCGUGAACGAUGGCGCUGCGUCCUCGCAGAAGGCUCUGCCUGAAGGCAAGGCAGGCAGCCAGCAGGCACCUGUGGAUGUAUCACUGACCCCUCCUGGCACGUCAUCCUCUUCUGGCAGCAGUGCAGCUCCAGAGACAGAGCGCGCCGGCACCAGCAGCAACGUUGUACCCAGCACGGAUCCGCUGCGUUCUGCUGUAGCAGCUGCGUCUGGUCUUGUGGUCGCUGACAAUAUGUCGAGUGAUGAGCAACCAGGCUCAAUGAUGACGGCGAGUUUUGAUGUUUUAUAGGAGCAUGCCUGGCGUCCGUCUAAGUCAUAGUCUACUUGCAGAUAGCAUGUUUUCUGAUUUCUUUGUGUGAGCCCAACUUAACGUAUGUUCCUGGAGUCUUUAGUCUUGCACCCUGCAUUUUACUUAUCUUGUAAAAUAGGCUUUC